GUCCCACUUGCCUCAUCCUUUCCUGCUAUUCCUGCAAAUAACAUGCGUACUUAUUUGAACGCCGAAAUUUCUUCCUGUUCCUUGGUUUAGUUGACGUUCAGCUGUUUUAGGUUCAGUGUCACUCGGUUUUUAUUGACUUGUUUUUGAGUAAGGUUACAAAAAGGGCAAGGAUUGGAAAAGUGAUACACUGUUUAAGGUAAUAUAUGAUGGAUCCUGAUCCACUAGAGGAAGGUCCUCAGUCAUCGAGUAGUAUAGUUUUCGAGGCCUCUACACAAACACCAACAAACGAACUAUGCGACUCACCUCUAUUUACCCAGAAAGGGUAUUGCCUCAAAACCACCGGACAUAGUGUCCAAGCACUAACGAAUAUACAUAGAAUGAGACAACAUGGGCAACUUUGUGAUAUUUCGUUAAAAAUAGGAUUAGAAAAAUAUAGAGCCCAUAAGGUCGUUCUAGCGUCAGUUAGUCCAUAUUUUUUUGCAAUGUUUAAUGGAGAUAUGAAGGAACACCUCCUAACAGAAAUAGAGAUCCACGAUCUCGACCCUACAGCAAUAGAUCUCCUAAUUGAGUAUGCCUAUACAGGCCAAAUAACAGUGACACCAGAUAAUGUUCAAGUAUUACUACCAGCAAGUAGUCUGUUGCAAAUGCAGGAAGUUAGAGAGGCAUGUUGCAGAUUCUUGUUGAGGCAGCUACAUCCAACGAACUGUUUAGGGAUACGAAGUUUUGCAGAUACCCACUCUUGCAAAGAACUUCACCUUAAAUCACAUGUCUACGCACUGCAAAAUUUUCAGCAAGUUGUAGGUACUGAGGAGUUUCUUCUGCUACCAUUUGAGGAGGUAAACGAAUUGAUAUCAAAUAGCCAGUUAAACAUUUCUUCCGAAGAAGAUGUAUUCACCGCUGUUUUGAAUUGGGUGAAGCAUGAUCUAGCAGAAAGAAGUAAAUAUAUAUCAAGACUGAUGCAACACGUUCGACUACCCCUAGUAAAUAGAGAAUUCCUAAUGACACGAGUAGACAACGAAAAACUUAUCAGAGAGAACAACGACUGCAGAGAGCUAUUAUUGGAAGCCAUGAGGUAUCAUUUAGCUCCCGAACGAAGGUGUGUCUUAUCUAGUUCUAGAACGUUAGAACGAAAACCUAAUGGUGCUCAACCGUAUUUGUUCGCUGUCGGUGGCGGAUCCCUUUUUGCUAUACAUGCCGAAUGUGAAGUCUACAACCCUAAAAAUGAUUCCUGGUCUACGAUAGCUCCAAUGCAAUGGCGUAGAUCUAGAUCGGGAGUUACUGGACUGAGAAGAUUAUUAUAUGUUGUCGGAGGUUAUGAUGGGGCAUCAGACCUAGCAACAGCUGAAUGUUAUAAUCCAUUGAACAACUCAUGGUCUUCCAUUACACCCAUGGGCACUAAAAGGUCAUGUCUUGGUAUAUGUUCCUUUGAUGGCCUUAUUUAUGUCUGUGGAGGAUACGAUGGUGCAUCAUGCUUAAGUUCUAUGGAAAGAUUUGAUCCGUUAACAGGAAUUUGGUGUAGUUGUCCCGCUAUGAAUACAAGAAGAAGAUAUUGUAGAAUAGCUGUAGUUGAGAAUUGCAUAUACGCUCUAGGAGGAUUUGAUUCAACAAAUUAUCAGGCCUCAGUUGAAAGAUUUGAUCCACGGGAAGGUACAUGGCAAUCGGUGCCAUCGAUGUCUUCAAGAAGAAGUAGUUGUGGAGUUGCAGCUUUGAAUGGGCAGUUGUACUGUAUAGGCGGAAAUGAUGGUACUAUGUGCAUGGCUAGUGGAGAACGAUUUAACGUGAGGAGAAAUGCUUGGGAACCAAUAACUUCCAUGAAUAGUAGAAGAUCAACUCACGAAGUAGUAGCUAUAGACGGCUUUAUAUACGCUCUCGGAGGAAACGAUGGUUCUUCUAGUCUCAAUGCUGUGGAACAAUACGAUCCAAGAUCCAACAAAUGGACUAUAGUAUCACCGAUGAGCACUAGACGAAGUUCUGUAGGAGCUGCAAUUCUAGAGUGCAUCAAUAUAGAACACGUUUUAAGACAGACGAGGACUAGUUGACACAGGUUGACCGUAUGAGAAUCGGAAUAAAGAUUUAGUUUAAAUUAUUCGUCGACAACAAGGGUUUUAUAUCCAGCAUUGGAUAAAUAUUGUUUAAAGUAAAACAUAGGCUGUAUGUAAAUCAUUUGGCAUUUACAUAUUUACAAUUAAAUGAAAUAGAAAAAUAUUAAAUAUUCACCUAACAUGUAAUAUUUUUGUUUUAGAUAUUGUGAUGAUUUUUAUGUAUGUAAAGAAUGGUUUGAAUAAAUAUUUUUUAAUUUUU